GGGCGGUGCGGGCUCGUAGGGAGAAGCGGAUCCCGAGCGAGGUGCGCCAGGGCGAAAAUAGCAGUCGUCCCCGGUUUGGUGAUUUUGACUCCGAGAGCCAGGAGCUGCUGUGCUCCCUCGUAGAAAACGUAGCCGUGCAUUUAAAGUUUCCUGUUCUGACCAGCAAAUGGCUCGUUACGUUCCAGACCGUUUACUUGGAGCUGGAGGUUCAUCGUUCAACCUAGUAUCGGUUAAAAUAGAAGACUACGCAGAAUGAUUGCUGUUAGUACAGAGUUACUUAUGGAGGCACAAAAAAUAAGUGAAAAGCUCAUUUCUUCAGAGUCAUCACCACUUUGAGAGCAUUCAGGGACUGUAAAAUGGAUUUAGGAUUAAAAGACCGUAACAACAGGACACCUACCAGGAACACCUCUGCUACUACAAAGAAUUUUUCUGCCUGGGAAGACUAUAGGAGUAGUGUUGAUGACAUACAGUACUUUCUUAUUGGGCUGUACACACUUAUAAGUCUGGCUGGCUUUAUGGGAAAUCUGCUUAUACUAAUGGCCCUACUAAAGUGCAAGCAGAAGACAAUAAUAAACAUUCUCAUAGGUAACUUGGCCUUUUCUGACAUCUUGGUUGUGCUGUUCUGUUCGCCUUUCACACUGACAUCCGUCCUGCUUGACCAGUGGAUGUUUGGCACUGUCAUGUGCCAUGUAAUGCCCUUCCUCCAAUGUGCAUCGGUUCUAGUUUCAACUUUGAUGUUAAUAUCUAUUGCUGCAGUCAGGUACCGUAUGAUAAAAUAUCCCCUUUCUAGCAAUCUAACAGCAAAACAAGGCUAUUUCUUAAUAGUGACCAUUUGGGCCUUUGGCUUCACAAUUUGCUCCCCUCUGCCAGUUUUCCAUAAAAUUGUGGACCUCAGCAAAACUCUGAAUUUAGAGGCACUGGAGAACAGACUCUUGUGUAUCGAGUCAUGGCCUUCCGAUUCGUACAGAAUUGCCUUUACAAUCGCCUUACUGUUCAUGCAGUACAUACUGCCACUGGCAUGUUUGACUGCCAGUCACACCAGCGUCUGCAGGAGCAUAGGCUCUAGGCUGUCAAGCAAGGAAAACAAGUUUGAAGAGAAGGAGAUGAUAAACCUCACUCUUCAUCCCUCGAAGAGCACACAGGCACAGUCCUCUGGGCAGUCCAGGUGGAGCUGUGGCUUUGGCAGAAGGCACCACAGAAGAUACAGCAGAAAGACUUCAAGUGUGAUGCCAGCUAUUUCAAGGCAUCAUCAGGAUACUCAUUCAAGAGAUCUCCCAGAAACCUCUGGCACAGAAAAAAGUCAGCUCUUUUCCUCCAGUAAAUUCAUCCCUGGGAUUCCUAUCUGUUUUGAAAUGAAACCAGAAGAAAAUACAGAGAUCCAGGACAUGAUUACAGUAUCCCAAUCCUUUGUCAGAAUUAAGACAAGAUCUAGGAGAGUGUUUUGCAGACUGACAGUGCUAAUCCUAGUUUUUGGUUUCAGUUGGAUGCCUCUUCACCUUUUCCACAUUGUGACAGAUUUUAAUGCCACUCUCAUUUCUAACAGACAUUUUAAAUUAGUAUAUUGCAUAUGCCAUUUAUUGGGUAUGAUGUCCUGCUGCUUGAAUCCCAUCCUCUAUGGGUUUCUUAACAACAGCAUAAAAGCUGAUUUAAUGUCCCUUAUCCCAUGCUGCCAAAUACUGUGAUUUUAUGUGCCCCAAGAUAAAGUAAAACAAACAAGUAUGGCUUUCAAGCCUACUGGCGUGCAUAGCUGUAAAAGAUAAAUUAGUUUAGUUAGUCUGACUUGGUUAUGAUUAGUAGCAUUUUGUGUAAACGAAUAGUUCUAUGGCUGCAUGUAUUCCUUGCAUUGGGCAGAAUUAUAUACAUAUGUUAUAACAUUUCUCUAUCUGUUACGCUUAGGAAACCAUGCCCAGUGUACAAAACCGAAUACCAUUUUCAUUACAUAAAAUGUUGGCAAUCUGUACUUUGGAAUUAUACAGAAUAUAUAAUGAAUAAUAAAUGUAAGACAGACUACUUAGACAUAUCAGUAUUAACUGUCAUAAAACUAUAAUAAAAUACAUAUAAUUUACUAAAUAACUAUUGUUGAGACUAUUUCAGUGUCAACUUUGACUAUUUUCUAAUAUAAUUAAACAUCUCUUUUGGGAUGUGAUUAGAAAAAUAUUUUUCCUUAGCUCUUUGACUCAUAGUUUGCAAUAUCUUUGCAAUAUGCUUUGCCGCUGGCUCCUACGUUGCCUUACUCCUUGGUUUGAGGGUUGUUGUUCUUGUCUUGAUUGUUUCCAUCUCACCAUGUUUACCCAGUACAGCCUGUCCCUGAUUUCCUUAGACAGUUUUCACUCUGGUUUGUCAUUUUAUGUAAUUUUCCACCAGCCUGAACUUAUCUAUAGUUAUGCCUUUGUUCUUACAGUGAUGACACCCCUGAACAUACAACAUACUUCUGAUCAGAGUAAGCCUUCAUUACCUAAGCAAGUGAUACUGAAAAGAAAAAGAAAAUGGAAAGACAGCAGGAUUUUUUUCUUUUCCUUUACGAAAAAGCAAAAGCUUACUGCACUUCAUUAUAGCUGACCCACUUGCUUUGGAAAGCUGUAACAGCUUUCAAAUAAAUUUGUGCAUGUGUGCCUUGACAGGUGGGAGGGAUGGGCAGAGUGGAUUAUUUUUAAAUUCAAGAAAGGCAAGUGCAGGGUCCCGCCCCCAGGGAGGAAUACCCCAUGAACCAGUGCUUCUGGUGUCUAACAUGCUGAAAACAGUUCUGUGGAGAAGGACCUGGAGGGUCCCAGUGGACAACAAGCUGUCCAUGAGGCAGCAGUGUGUCCUUGUGGCCAACAAGGCAAAUGGUCUCCUGGGGUGCAUCAGGAAGAGCAUUGCCAGCAGGUCAGGAGAGGUGAUUCUACCCCUCUACUCAGCCCUGGUGAGGCCUCAGCUGGGGUACUGUAUCCCACUUCUGGGCUCCCCAGUACGAGAGAGACAGGGAGCUCCUGUAGCAUCUUCAGUGGAGGGCAACAAUGAUGAUUAAGGGACUGGAACAUCUCUCUUAUGAGAACAGGCUGAGCGAGUUGGGCCCUUUCAGCCUUGAGAAGAGACUGACUGAGAGGGGACCUCAUUACUGUCUGUCAGUAUCUGAAGGGAGGGUUUCAAGAGGAUGGAACCAGGCACUUCUUGGUGAUGCCAGGCAAAAGGACAAGAGGCAACAGGCAGAAACUGAUGCAAGGGAAGUUCCACCUGCAUAUGAAGAAAAACUACUGUGUGGGUGACCAAGCACUGGAACAGAUUGCUCAGAAAGGUUAUGGAGUCUCCCUCAUGGGAAAUACUCAGUAAAUGCACAAAGCCUUUGCCUUGAGUUUUAAGUUGUAAAACUUCUCCCCAGGCCUAGCUGGUGAUUAUUUCCUUUUCUGCACUAAGAUUUUUAAUCCAAUAGGCCUUUGUAUAUAGCUUCUACAGGAUGAGAAAUAAAGUUAUUCUUUUUAUAAAUGGGUGGUUGGAAACAAGCAGUGUGCGUUUUUUUUCCUCAAGAUACUUCCCUUCCAGUUAGUCUUAAAAAUGAAAUGAUGAUUUUGAGGAAUCAUCAACUUAUUUUUAUCACAAUGCUGUCAUUCUGAGACCUUUUCUCCCCAAGCUACUAUCUGCUAAGGAGUUUAUUACAUACCAGUGGGUAAUAGCUUCUAUCCGUAAUGUAUUUUUCUGAAGUCUAGCUCUCAGUAACUUCUUGUUCUUUGUUUUCGUUAGUGAUAUACUUUAAUAGUUUCUUCCUGGACACUGACUAUUGCAUUUUGCAGAUUAUUAUCUCCUAAAACCCUACAGUAUGUCAUUAAAUAGAGUACAAAUGGAACAGAAUAGACACUGCUGGAACAAUAUAUUUUAAAGUAGCUUUUUAAACAUUAUUUAUGGCUAGUCUUGGUAGAUAAAAUUAGGAAAAAGUUAACUGAAUUUACAUGCAGAGCACAAUGAUGUCGUUCUAUAGAAGUUACAGCAGCUUAUGCCCUAUUUCUGUCUACAAAUUUUUGCAUAAUUGUAAUAUAUCAUUUAAUCUUAUUUAUACCAUGCGAUAUAACCAAAUAGUAUAAAAGGAUAAGAAAGGAGUCACAAGCUUGAAAUAUUCCUUCUGACUUUAUCUAUUUACUUUUUCAGUGUACUGUUCUCUUCCUUCCUACUUGCUAUUUAUUUUCUAUUCCUUCCUUUCUUUCAGAAUUUCAACCAUUUUUAACUCCUACACCAAGGAUUGUUAUUUUAUAUAAAUUAAAGGUUUAUUAGUAGUUACUCUUUUCAGAUCAAAUUCUACUCACUUUAUAUAACAUACAGAAUCAUGCUAGGACUUGAAUAAGGCCUUCCUCUAGUUUCUGAGCUGCACAAAUAUUAAUCUGUACACUGGAGAUUUUAUGUUUAUAUCUAUUUGCCUGGAUGAAGUCAGUAACUGUGUUCCCUACUCUUCAUACUGAUCAAAGCACAACAAAUUGUAAUUUGGCAAUGGAGAAUUAAAUCAAGACAGCUAUUGAACUUCUUUAGUCCUAUGCCAUCUAAAUCUCUCAUCUUCUCUCUUUUUUUUUAAGUCAAUCAAUGGUGGCAGAAUGUAUAUUUUUAUUUAUAAA